UAAAUUUUUAUAUAUCUACCUACGUGCUAGCUAUAAAUAUCAACCUCUUUCAAUUCACUAAGUAGCUAAAACUAUCACACAUACACUAUUUAGUAUUAUAAUAAUUAAUAUAAUACUUUUGUUGGAAAAAUGGGAAGAGCACCAUGUUGUGACAAAGUUGGUUUGAGGAGGGGACGGUGGACUAGUGAAGAAGACACUAUUCUCGCUAACUACAUUCAAGCUCAUGGCGAAGGCUCGUGGAGGUCGUUGCCCAAAAAUGCCGGAUUGUUAAGAUGUGGAAAGAGUUGUAGACUGAGAUGGAUUAAUUACUUACGAGCCGAUGUAAGGAGAGGUAAUAUUUCCAAGGAGGAGGAACUUCUCAUUGCCAACCUACAUGCAUCUUUAGGUAACAGGUGGUCUUUGAUAGCUGCCCAAUUGCCCGGGCGAACAGACAACGAAAUCAAAAACUACUGGAACUCUCACCUUAGCCGCAAAAUAUACCCAUCAAGACGACCAUCAUCAAACACACCGGUUAUCACCAUUAUCCAACCAACCGUUAAGAGACGUAAAGGAAGAACCAGCCGGUCCACCAUGAAGAUCAAUAAGACUUAUAGAACAUCUAUUAAUAAUAACAAUAAUAAUAACGUCAAUAAUAAUAUUAAAGUGGCCGUUCCAUCAUCAUGUAAUUAUGACCAACAAGUUACAAAACAAAAAACCAAUUUAGUCGAACACAAAACACCUUUGGUAGAUAAAAAUAAAUUAAUAUUGCCUUUGGUAGUAGAAAAGGAAAAUGACGUAUCGAUAAUCCCUUGCAAUUAUAAAGAUGAUGACGAGAGUCAAAAAACGGAUAUAUGUCCUAAUCAAGGAGACACUCAUGAUCAAGUGGUUGAUGAUAAUGAUGAUGACAUGCUACGCUUUUUUGAGAUCAUUGAACGCGAAAUGUUAAUGGAAUCGAAUGAGGAUGAAUUAUUAAGGAUGGAUGAUGAUCAUCUCAAGAGUACUAAUGUAAGUAUUAGUGAAGAGGUUAAUGAAAUUGUAAUUAGUGACGUAGUAGAGAUGGAUCAAGGUGGGGGAACAAGCUCAUCAACGACGGAUAAUUCAUAUAAUUUAGGUGAUUGGGAUUGGAAUUUUGAUAUAGAAAAUAACAAUGGUAUAUUAGGGGUUGGGGAAGAAGAUAAUAUAUUGUCAUGGCCAUUAUGGGAGACUAAUACAACAACAACAACACAUAAUGAUGGUCAUUUUUUGGAGAUAGAUGCAUGGCUAGGUUCUUAAUUAAUUCCUAAUGAUCAAUCAAUUAUCGUUUUCUUCAUGUAUGGUCUUAGAUAUAUAGUACGAGUAGUACGUAGUUAAUAUAUAUAGCUAAUUUGGGAUAUUAUAUCUACACAAUGUUUUACAAUAUUAAAUAGUGUGAAAUUGUAUGUUUUUAAUUUCAAA